UAAGCUCAGCCCGAUUCAAACACCGAACUUUACCUUACAUCCCUCGAAAUCAAAAUCAAGCUCAUUCUCGCUCCAUGGAAUCCUCAUCUCCGGUUUUCGCGGUGCGACGGGGCGAGCUCGAGCUCGUGGCGCCGGCGGAGCCGACGCCGCGCGAGCUCAAGCCGCUGUCCGACGUCGACGACCAAGAAGGCCUGCGGUUCUACAGCUCCGGAAUCCACGUCUACCGAAGCAGCAAUGGUGCGAAAGACGGCGAGGACCCGGCGACGGUGAUAAGAGACGCUCUUGCGAAGGCGCUUGUGUUCUACUACACUCUCGCGGGCCGCCUCCGGGAGGGCGCGGGUAGGAAGCUGGCCGUGGAAUGCACGGCGGAGGGCGCCGUGUUUGCGGAGGCUGAUGCUGACGUCCGGCUCGAUGAUCUUGAAGGCGCGCUCUGCCCGCCGUUCCCUUGCCAUGAGGAGCUGCUCUGCCCGCUCCAGCAGGGUUCUACUGGAAGUUACAUCGUCGACUGCCCUCUCCUCUAUAUUCAGGUGACGCGGCUCAAGUGCGGAGGCUUCAUCUUCGGCCUAAGGAUCAACCAUACCAUUGCCGACGCCCCGGGGGUGAUGCAGUUCCUCAAGGCCCUCGGCGAGCUGGCGCGCGGCGCGGCCGCCCCCUCCGUCAGACCCGUGUGGGCCCGCGACCUCCUCACUGCCCGCUCUCCGCCAUGCAUCACGCACGACCACCCCGAGUACGAGUUCUCGACUGAAGAGAUAGCCAAGGACAAGCUGACGUCGGUCCUCCCAAAAGACAUGGUCCGCCGGCCCAUCUUCUUCGGCCCCAAGGAAAUCUCCGCUCUGCGGAAUCACCUGCCGGCACACCUCCGCAUGAGCUCCAGCAGGUUCGAAUUGAUCACUGCAGCCAUCUGGCGCAGCCGCACCGCCGCCCUCGCCUACGGCCCCGAAGACGAAGUUCGCGUUCAGUUCAUCGUGAACGCGCGGGGCCGGAAGCGGUCGCAGGCCCCUCUUCCUCCAGGCUUCUACGGGAACGCGUUCGCGUUCACGGUGGCGUCGUCUGCAGCGGCAAAGCUGUGCGAGCAGCCGCUGGGCUACGCCCUUGAGCUGGUGAAGAAGGCGAAGGCGAAGGCGACCGACGAGUUCAUGCAGUCGGCAGUGGAUUACUUGGUUUCAAACGGCCGACCGCACUUCGCGGUGGCGAAGACGUACAUUGUUUCGGACGUGACGAGGGCCGGGUUCGAGGAUGUCGACUUUGGGUUGGGGGAGGGGGUGUAUGGCGGGCCGGCAAAAGGCGGCGAGGGGGAGAUUCUUGGUGUCGCGAACUACAUCACCCGGGCCAAGAACGGCAAGGGGGAGGAGGGCAUAUUUGUGGCCGUGUGCUUGCCUUCUUAUGCUAUGGAGAGGUUCCAGAUGGAGAUUGAUACUCUCACUCACGAACCAGUUUUUGAUCCCUAUGUAUGAAUGAUCACAACCAACCACUACAUAGGGAGCUUCAUAACUACUUUUAUAAUUUCACGGUGGAAGCAAAGAAUAUAAGUACGUGAUGAAGGGGUCACUAUUUAUUAGAUUCUAAGCUUGUUUAUUAUUUUAUUUUUUGAAAGAAUGUGUAUCUUAUGAAAUAAUAUGCCUCUUUGUAUGAUUGUAUUUUUUAGUUUAGCCAUAUGUCUCUAAUGUAGGUAUGUUCUUUUUGUGAAGAGUUAUAGCUUCUCAUGCUUCUAUAUAUAGGGCAUGUGAUUU